CCCAGGGUGGGCUGCGCCCUUCCACACUGACCAUUCCACACCCUGCAGACAGCAGACCCCGUCAGCUGGUUCACUCCCCUUUGAAGAGGAGGAGGGAAAAGGUAGCUAGCCCCUUUCGGCUGGGGGGAAAAAAAAAGAAAGAAAGAAAAGAAAAAAAAAAAAAAUACCCGCAGAGGGCAGCUUGCGGGCUUUUUCUGCAGCUCCCUCCUGCUCCGGGACCAUGCAUCUUUGCAUUGGCCUGCGCGGCCACAGGCGGGGACUUAACUUCUGGAGCUGAAGGCUGAAACUUUGUGACUCUGCUUCUCCUGACAACUGAAACAUGCCAUGUGCGCAGAGGAGCUGGCUUGCAGACCUCUCGGUGCUGGCUCAGCUCCUCAACUUCGGGGCACUUUGCUAUGGCAGAGAGCCCCAGCCGGGCCCGGUUCGCUUCCCCGACCGGAGGCAAGAGCAUUUUAUGCAGGCCCUUCCGGAAUAUCACGUAGUGGCUCCUGUCCGAGUAGAUUCUAGUGGGCACUUCCUGUCCUAUGGCUUGAACCAUCCUGUCACCAGCAGCAGGAGGAAAAGAGGUUUGGAUGGCCCAGAGGACCGAGUGUACUAUAGAAUUUCACAUGAAGAUAAGGACCUGUUUUUUAACCUGACAGUCAACCGAGGAUUUCUUUCCAGUAGCUACAUUGUGGAGAAGAGAUACGGGAACCUUUCCAAUGUUAAGAUUGUGGCUCCCUCAAGCCCCCCUUGUCAUCUCAAGGGCAUAGUUCAGCAGCAGAGCAUUGCAGUUGGGACUGCAGUGCUCAGUGCCUGCCAUGGACUGACUGGAUUUUUCCAUCUACCACAUGGAGACUUUUUCAUUGAGCCUGUUAAAAAGCAUCCACUGGAUAAGGGAGGAUCCCACCCACACAUCAUUUACAAGAACCAGAAGCAGAGAGUUACAGAGACGAAGGAGCCAACCUGCGGAUUAAAGGACAGUCUUGACACCUCCAAGCAGCAGGAGCUUCGGCGAGAGAAGUGGGAGAGGAACAACAAUGUGCCACGCAGAAGCCUUUCUCGACGUUCCAUCAGCAAGGAGAGAUGGGUGGAGACACUGGUGGUGGCUGACACAAAGAUGAUUGAGUAUCAUGGGAGUGAGAACGUGGAGUCUUACAUCCUCACCAUCAUGAACAUGGUUACUGGGUUGUUUCAUAACCCAAGCAUUGGAAAUGCAAUUCACAUUGUUGUGGUUCGGCUCAUUCUCCUUGAAGAAGAAGAGCAAGGGUUAAAAAUAGUUCACCAUGCAGAGAAGACCCUGUCCAGUUUCUGCAAAUGGCAGAAAAGCAUUAAUCCUAAGAGUGACCUCAACCCUGUCCAUCAUGAUGUGGCUGUCCUUCUUACCAGAAAAGACAUCUGUGCUGGUGUCAAUCGUCCUUGUGAGACUCUAGGUUUGUCACACCUGUCAGGAAUGUGCCAGCCUCACCGAAGUUGUAACAUCAAUGAGGACUCUGGGCUCCCCCUAGCUUUCACGAUUGCACAUGAGCUGGGACACAGCUUUGGCAUCCAGCAUGAUGGCAAAGAAAAUGACUGUGAGCCCAUGGGCAGACAUCCGUACAUCAUGUCCCAUCAGCUCCAGUAUGAUCCCACUCCGCUGACCUGGUCCAAGUGCAGCAAAGAGUACAUCACCCGCUUCUUGGACCGAGGCUGGGGGUCCUGUCUUGAUGAUGUCCCCAAAAAGAAAGGUUUGAAGUCCAAGGUCAUUGCCCCUGGAGUGAUUUAUGAUGUUCAUCACCAGUGCCAACUCCAGUAUGGCCCCAAUGCUACUUUCUGCCAGGAAGUAGAAAAUGUUUGCCAGACGCUGUGGUGCUCAGUGAAAGGUUUCUGUCGCUCUAAGCUGGAUGCUGCUGCAGACGGGACCCAAUGUGGUGAGAAGAAGUGGUGCAUGGCAGGCAAGUGCAUCACAGUGGGGAAGAAACCAGAGAGCAUCCCUGGAGGCUGGGGCCUGUGGUCACCCUGGUCCCACUGUACCAGGACCUGUGGGGCUGGAGCCCAGAGUGCAGAGAGGCACUGCAACAACCCUGAACCAAAGUUUGGAGGGAAAUACUGUACUGGAGAAAGAAAACGUUAUCGCUUGUGCAACGUCCAUCCCUGUCGUCCAGAUGUACCAACAUUUAGACAGAUGCAGUGCAGUGAAUUUGAUACCAUCCCCUACAAGAAUGAAUUCUAUCACUGGUUUCCUGUUUUUAAUCAAGCACACCCUUGUGGGCUCUACUGCCGACCCAUAGAUGGCCAGUUUUCUGAAAAAAUGCUGGAUGCUGUCAUUGAUGGCACCCCUUGCUUUGAAGGUGGCAACAACAGAAAUGUCUGUAUUAAUGGCAUGUGUAAGAUGGUUGGCUGUGACUAUGAGAUUGAUUCCAAUGCCACAGAAGACCGCUGUGGUGUGUGCCAGGGAGACGGCUCUGCCUGCCAGACCAUAAGGAAGAUGUUUACACAGAAAGAAGGAUCUGGUUAUGUGGACAUUGGACUCAUUCCCAAAGGAGCAAGGGACAUAAGGGUAAUGGAAAUCAAGGGCGCUGGAAAUUUCUUGGCCAUCAGGAGUGAGGAUCCAGAAAAAUACUAUCUCAAUGGAGGAUUUAUUAUCCAGUGGAAUGGGAACUAUAAGCUGGCUGGGACCAUCUUUCAGUAUGACAGGAAAGGAGACCUGGAAACCUUGAUGGCCCCAGGCCCCACCAAUGAGUCAGUGUGGCUCCAGCUUCUAUUCCAGGUGACUAACCCAGGUGUCAAGUACGAGUACAUAAUCCAAAAAGAGGGUCUUGACAAUGAUGUGGAACAGCUGCUGUAUUUCUGGCAGUUUGGCCAGUGGACAGAGUGCAGUGUAACGUGUGGAACAGGUAUCCGUCGGCAGACUGCUCAUUGUGUGAAGAAGGGCCAAGGGAUGGUGAAAGCGACAUUCUGUAACCCGGAAACACAACCUAAUGGGAGACAGAAGAAGUGCUAUGAAAAGGAUUGCCCACCCAGGUGGUGGGCAGGAGAGUGGGAAGCAUGUUCAAAAACAUGUGGGCCCUACGGAGAGAAGAGGCGAACCGUGCUGUGCAUCCAGACCAUGGCCUCUGAUGAGCAAGCUCUUCCGGCUACAGACUGUCAGCACCUGCUGAAGCCCAAGGCCCUCAGUUCCUGUAACAGAGAUAUCCUGUGCCCAUCAGACUGGACAGUGGGCAACUGGAGUGAGUGCUCUGUUUCCUGUGGUGGUGGAGUGCGGAUUCGCAGUGUCACAUGCACCAAGAACCAUGGUGAACCUUGUGAUAAGACAAAGAAACCAAAUAGCAGAGCUCUGUGUGGCCUUCAGCAAUGCCCAUCAAGUCGGAGAGUUCUGAGACCCAACAAAGCCACAGUUCCCAGUGGGAAAAAUCUACCAACAUCCGGGCAAGACCUUCUAAGCCCCACCCCUUCACCUUCAUCCCAGCCCACCCUGCUGGCCACACCCACAGUGCCUGAGACUAUGGACACAAGCACUCCAGCCACCAGCAGCCCCAGUCUCACCACGGCCUCCACAAAGGGAGACUUGGAUGGAGAAUGGUGGCAGAAUAGUUCAAGCCAAACUGAACUGGACUCUGAUGAUCUCAUUUCUACUGGAAGCACUUCUCAGCCCUUUCUCACUUCCUGGUCUUUGGGCAUCCAGCCCAAUGACAAAAAUGGUGCUAAUUCAGAUACUAUUCCUACCUCAGAUAGAGACAUUGUAGCUACAACAAGAAGUGGUCUUGAUGUGUCAUCUUCCAGCAAUCCUGCUACUUGGCAGAUAACUCCAUACUAUAAUACAUUGACAAAAGAUCCAGAAAUGGAGAUGCAUAGUGGCUCAGGGGAAGGCAGUGAACAGUCUGAGAACAAAGAUGAAAGCAACUCUGUAAUAUGGACCAAGAAUAGAGUACCUGGAAAUGAUCCUCCAAUGGAAAGAAGUACAGAAAUUCCACUUGGACCUCCACCAACACCUCAUGAUGGGGAUGGGUCUUUGUGGUAUCACUUCAGCACAGUGAUGGAAGGAUCACUAUCUACUCAAAGGCCCAGUACCCUUACAGAUGGGACACCCAGAACUGAGGAAAUGGUCACUGAAGAGCCAGGUAACACUUCAAUCCAUGUGGAAGAAGAGCACCAGCCAGCAACCUCAGAAAAGCCAGCAAAUCAUAACCACCUAGAACUUCCAAAUAUGAAUCAAACACAAGGUUCUGGACCAGUCCUGACUGAGGAAGAUGCAACCAGUCUGAUUGCUGAAGGAUUUUUACUGAAUGCCUCCAAUUACAAGCAGCUUGCUAAGGAUCACAGCCCUGCAUACUGGGUCGUUGGAAACUGGAGUGAGUGUUCCACCACGUGUGGGCUGGGCGCCUACUGGAGAAGUGUGAAGUGCAGCACGCAGGUGGAUGCCGAUUGCAUGGCCUUCCAGAGGCCUGACCCUGCUAAGAGAUGCCACCUCCGCCCCUGUGCUGGCUGGAAAGUGGGAAACUGGAGCAAGUGCUCCAGAAACUGCAGUGGGGGCUAUAAAGUCCGUGAGAUUCAGUGCGUGGACAGCUGGGACCAUCACCGAAGCCUGAGGCCAUUUCACUGCCAGUUCCUAGCUGGCCUUCCUCCCCCGCUGAGCAUGAGCUGUAACCCAGAGCCCUGUGAAGAGUGGCACGUGGAGCCCUGGAGCCAGUGUUCCAGAUCCUGUGGAGGUGGAGUUCAAGAGAGAGGGGUGUCUUGUCCAGGAGGCCUGUGUGACUGGACAAAAAGGCCCCCAUCUACUAUGCCUUGCAACAGGCAUGUUUGCUGUCACUGGGCCACCGGAAACUGGGACUUGUGCACCAGGUCCUGUGGAGGUGGACUUCAGAAAAGGACCGUUCACUGUGUCCCCUCAGAGAACGAUACAGCUGAAGACCAAGAUCACUGCCUGUGUGAUCAUGAACCAAGACCUCCAGAAUUCCAGCACUGCAACCAGCAAGCCUGCAAGAAGAGUGCUGAUUUACUUUGCACCAAGGACAGGCUGUCAGCCAGUUUCUGCCAGACCCUAAAGACCAUGAAGAAAUGUUCCAUACCCACUGUGAAGGCACAGUGCUGUUUUUCAUGUCCUCAGAUGCAUGUCACUCAUACCCAAAGGCAAAGAAGGCAACACUUGCUCAAAAACCCCAAAGCACUGUAAGUGUGGAAGGAUGUCACCCUCACCAUCCACUGCAGCAGCUGCUGACCGUGGCAUGCUUUAGCCAUGCAGGCUAUUUCCCUGAGUUCUGCUUUGUACAUUUCAGAUCUAAACCAACUCCAUUGUGUUCCUCUAGUUAAAAAAUGUCCCUCACAAGGCUUGGGACUGUCAUCUCUGCUGCUCCCUGAUAAGAAGGUGAAAGGUGCCGGAGUCCCAUACCAGCAGGGAUCAGCUCCUGGGAAAGGUGCCAGAUUAGACAAGUCUGUGAAAUGAUACCUUCUUUCCUCGUUAUAGAUAAAAAUAAAUAGAUCAGAUUUCUCCCAGACUACCUCAAGAGUUUCAGGAAAUGGAGCCUUAAUUACCUUACCCAGAGAACAAAUAAUUUUUUUUUAAAUUUACCUUUAUAAUAUACCCUGUCCACCUACCUGGUUCAGCUGCUGUUUUAAAUGUCAUAGGAGAGUGAGAAACAUUCAUUUCAUUCAUCUAGGGAGAGGACUUCUUUCUUUAACCCAUAUUCCAUGAGGGCAGGAAGAGAGAAUGCUGUUUACAUCCCUCAGUCUAUCCCCAGAUGCCUGUGGGAUUCCACUGGGCCUUAGUUUAUAUGCAAUUCUGUACAUAUGACCCGGCUUGCAGCCCUGAACUUCUAGACCAGUAGUAGUGAACCUUUUAAAGAUGAGUGCCAAAACUGCAACCAGAACCCAGUCAUUCAUCCCUAAGUGCCAACACUACAAUCAAACCUGAGUGUUGAAUUUUAGUUUAGACAAAACAGCUCAUACCCAGACAUCUUUUUUCUUAAAAGAAAAACACGAGUGCCAUAGAUUCACCACCACUGCUCUAGCUAGAUUCUAGCUGAAGAGGAUGCAAACAUUGACCAUAGUCUAAGACAUCUAGGUUAAUUACCCAGAAAACAUUUUCAAAAUCUCCAAAGGACAAUUCCUACACAAAACCUUAAUUAGCAAGUGAAUAGAAAUCAAUUUCUAGCCAGCAUCACAAAAGAAAUGUGGACCUUUAUCUCUUCCAAUUUCCUGGCACACACUUACUCCUUCAAGAAAAAUAAGUAAGUUUUCCCGCCUGACAUUCUCCCUCCUCCCACACCCUGCCUGGGCUGUGAGCUCAGCUCCCGCCAUCAUCUCAGGGCCUGCAGCUUAUGUGCAAGGAGGGCUACAAGCAGGGCCACAGCUGCUGCCGGCCCUCACCUCCUGCCAGCUGGAAACUGGAGCUCCAGAUUAAACUCUUUUAAAAACCAGGUAAAUUAUACUAAGUACUAGAACUCCCUAAAGAUGUAUAGCCUAAAGAGAGAGGGGAAAAUAGCUAAAAAGUGAGAAAAAAAUCAGCUGUGGUGGUACAUGUUUGUAAUCAUAAUUCAGGAGGCUGAGACAGAAGGAUUGGAAGUUCAAGGCUGGCCAGGACUAGAAAGUAACACUCUGUCUGCAAAAACAACAGUGAUGUAGAGAUGAUCUACUCCUCAGUGUACCCAUAGUUACAUUUAAAUGUCUGUUUGUACGGUGCUUGACUGGCAUGUGCAAAGUUCUGAGUUCAAUUCUCAGAAAGAGAGACAGACAGGCACAGAAUUUUACCUUGGGGAAACUGGCAAGUUAGGAGAAGAUGGAAUAUUUAGUUGGCUUAGAAAGUUAGAAUACUAAUCUUGGAUGUUCAUAUAUCCAUUAGCAAUAAAAGUAAACUGUGGUUUCACAUUCAAAACAAAUUCUCAGCUAAACUGAUUUCUAAGGGAGGUCCUCAUAUCAACUGCACACAGCAGGACAGGGUAGAGGGAGAAGGGAUAUGAGCUCCAAGAGGAAGAUCUCAGAACCAAUUCUUGACAGGUGUGGAUGGGCAGGGAUGUGGCCUCUAUGUCCUGGACAGCGUAUUCUCAGUCUCAUGCACAGAUACACUUACUCUUCAGUGUGGAGCACACUGUCCGCCCCAUCUCUCCCUUUAGUUAUCUGUUCAAUCAGCAGAAUGGUGCUAUUGACAAAUGGUGCUAAUGUCCAGGUGGUGGCAGAAUUGAUAUAAACAUACAGGAUUAGGCGGUGGCAUAAAUGGGUAAGUGUAUGUGAAACUCCACACAGACGUCCUCUGUUAAAUUUGGAAUGGUGUUGCUGGGCAAUGCUACUGCUUAGACAACAUUUUUAUUAUAUGUUUUUAUUUUUUUCAAGCCAUACCCACAUAUUACUCUGAUAAAUUUUUGUGGAAAAUAAAAACACUGGGCCUGAGAUGAAAUUCAAGAUAGACAAGAAAGAGUGGGAAAGUAAAAAUGCUUGCCUAAGCCAAGAAUUUUAUUUCUAGGUAAUAACACGUUCUUAUAUUCUUUGUCUUUCCAUAUAAGCAUUGCUGGCUGAUGACAAUCUCGAGUGAAAUAACAGUUUUGGAGAGAGCACAGUUAAAUGGUUAGUGGCGUGAGUUGAGGAGAGUCAUUAUUUCUAAUGAGGCAAUCUGCAAAGGCUAUUUCUGAAGGGUAUAGGCUUUCAGAGGGAUUAAUUUACUAAGCCAGACUGAUUUAACAGGGUAAAACACAUGUGAUCAGAGACCUGCAUAUAACCAGGCCUGCAAAACUCAGGAAUCAACCUGGAUUCCUACUGAUCUCAACAAACUAAACUAGGCCAGAUUUCCCAAUACACAAAAUGAACACGGUAUUUAUGGCCAGUGUGGUAGACUAGAUGAUGAACACAUGGGGAGAAUUUGGCCAAAUGUUCUACGCUAGGUCUCCUUCAAGUUUCUCAAGGGCCUAAUCAUGCAUUAUGGACAUUCAUUUCCUGUACUGAAGUGUGUUGUGAAACACUGUGUGACCGUUCCUCAGUGUGCUUGCUAGAGGAAUCACCCGUCAGUCACUUUGCUAUGGAUCAUCAGAGUUUCUGCAAAUCCUGCCACUUGCAGUACUAAAGGAGGGCAAGAACCUGGGUAGUAUCCUCAUUUCUUUGAUGUUCGUCAACCAGAAUUGUUGGGAGUAUUUCAUCCAGCUCCUCCUCCUUCCCACCAUGCAGGGACAAGUGAGAAGUAUAACAGGAGACACUGGAUACACAUCUGUCAUGAACCAGAGAGGGUCACAAGAGGGCCAGGUGCUUAAAUAUGUCAAGGCUCUAAAACCCCAUUUGGUUUACAUUAUUUUUCCAUUGGUAGAAUUAGCUCUUAUGUAAAAAUUAGUGGAUUAAUUUAAUUAUUGAAUAUCAAAACAUAAAAAUAUAUAUAUAAUGAAAAAGCAAUGACAGAGUAAUAUUCUAAGAAACUUAAUCAUGAAAAUUUUUAAAUUAGAAAAUCAUUUUCUGGUACAAAGAAUUGCUACCACGUGUAGGAAUGUUUUAUUUUGUUUCGUGAUGGAUUUUCUUAAAUAAGAGCAUGGUUCCAUCAAUCUCCUAAGAGUCCAAACUGCCCACCAUACAGUGUUUCCAGAGAUCCUGUGAGUUCUGUAAAUAACCUUCAUCAGUUACCUGAAUCACAGUUAGAGAGAUUAUGUCAUUACAGAUCGUAAUCUCCCAUUUCACUGACUAGAAUCUUCUAGGCUCUGAGAAUUAUGCAUUGCUACCCCCAAAGAAUUCAGGGUUUAGCUUUUUCCUUCUGACUUUUGGAGGAAGCUCUGGGACAACCUAUCUGGUGCUCAAUCCACAGUGAUUCACUUUCCAGGGAGAUACCACAUGGGAUGAACUUCCCGGUGCUACAUCUUAGCCAAUGUACUUAAUGCUACUCUGUUUAUAUUGCUACUUCAAAUAUUAUUAUUUUAAGUUAUGUCAUUAAAAACAUGGUAGAGAAAACACAUUUCUACCUAUGAUUGUCCUCCUAAGUGGUUGUAUGACACACAUGACCCAGCCUACUGCCCCUCUAUGUCUCUGUGUUGCUUUACUAGCCCUUAAUGCCCCAGUUUCCUUAAAGUCAGUCUGUAAUAGUAGCCUGCCUUGUUGUGGCAACAAUAAAUGACCAAACUCA